AUAUUUAACUGUCAGUCUUUCCUGUUGAAUGUUAUUGAAUAUUACUAAAAGUUCGUUUGAAUUUCCAGUUAAAGUGAAGUAAAAGUCAUAUUCAUUUUCCUCUGUCGCAGGUGACGCUAUAUCUGCCAUCUACCGGAUGUCGGGGUGUAUUAGAGAUUUGCCACGUUGCUGUAGACAACAGACUUAACGCCUCACACGAUCGCAUGCAACACCGGGAGGAUGUGCAUUUCUCCACACGGGGUGGUGAACGGCGGACAACUUCAAGGUGCUGAACUAACGUAACUAAACACACAAGUUUCUGAUAGGUGGAGUCAUCGCUCGCCCCGGCUCGCCUUCAAAAUGUUAACUGAUAUGAUUUUGGAAGAAGAGUUUGACAAGAAUGGAGAGGCUUGGUACGACCCUCAGGACCUGGAGCACGAUCUCCAUUUGGCAGCGGAGCUGGGGAAAACCCUCCUCGACAGGAACCAUGAGCUGGAACAGGCCCUGCAGCAGAUGUACUCCACCAACCAGGAGCAGCUGCUGGAGAUAGAGUACCUAACCAAGCAGGUGGACAUGCUACGCCAGAUGAACGACCAGCAUGCCAAAGUGUACGAGCAACUAGAUGCGGCCGCCCGGGAUCUGGAGCAAGGCAACAAGAGACUAGUGCAGGACAACCGCCUUGCCCAGCAGAAGAUCCACAGUCUAACAGAGACCAUUGAAGGGCUUCAGACCUACAUGGAGGACCUGCAGACUCAGGUGCAGGACCUAAAGACUGCCCAGGCAGAGCAAAACAAAAAAGAUUUGGCAGAGCAGCAACGCAGUCUUGGAGCAAAGAGUGUGUCCUGUCUCAAAGAGCUGUAUGACUUACACCAUGACAGACAUCCAGGCCGCACUGAUCUGUCCGUGGAUGGACUCUGGUCACCGCAGGGCUCCUUCUAUGGCCGAAACAGAUGCCAAGACCCGGCAGAGGAGAAUGCGGAUCUCCAGCGCUCCAUCCAAAGUCUUCAGAGCCAGAUAGCUUUGGAGCGGAGCCGCAGGGAGGCUGCAGAGCAGGAAAGUGAGUUGACAAUCAGGGAGAACCAGGGCCUGGAACAGCGACUGGCCCUGCUGGAUGGCUGCCGGGCCAGGCAGAAGGAGCUGGAGGCUGAAGUGGAGCAGCUGCGAAUUCUGUGGAGAACUGACUGUGCUAACAGUGUCAGAAGACCGGACCAGCUGCUGUUGCCUGAUACAGUAUUCUUCAGCUCAGAAGAAAGAUCCACCCCCGUGCAGGAUGAGAUGGAGGAGAAGGCAGAAAAGGAUGAGGAGCAGAGGAAAUACAGCCGGCAGAGGUGUAACAGUGACAGUGUUUUGAGAGCAACAAACCCAGAUGAGAUUCGCCGAGGACACGAGCAGCUGUGUAUAAGGCGAGUGGAGGCGGUGAAACAGAGGGGCAUCUCUCUGCUCAACGAGGUGGAUGCACAGUACAGCGCACUGCAGGUGAAAUAUGACGAGCUGCUGCGGCGGUGCCAGCAGGCCACAGACAAGCUCAACCAUAAAGCCGUCCAGACGACCAGCAGUCCCUUUGCGAGCAGCCGGGUCCGCCGCCGCCUGUCCAGCUCAGCUGCGCUGUCUGAUCUGACAGCAGUUCUGGAAGACAACCAGCAGCCCGAGUACAAGGCUCUCUUCAACGAGAUCUUCAGCUGCAUCCAAAAGACCAAAGAGGACCUCAGCGAGAACAGACGUCCAGUCGAGAACAGUCAUUCCCGGGGCUCUGCCAAAUGAUGUUGUUCAUCAUACCGUAACUUGGGCUAUUUGGUGUUUGACAAAAGAGAAAUUUUGAGGUUGCUUUUCUAUAAAAAUAUCCAGAGGGUGCAGAUGCACUAAGCACUCUCAGUCCCUGUGCGUCUUACCCAUGCUGCAAUCCUCUUAUCUCCUAUCAUUUUGAUGCACCUAUGCUUAGUUAGUCAGUGCUGCUUUUUUUUAUUCCAUCCUUAUCAAAAAUUGUCAUAGAACUUGUCACAUAAAGAUAAAGAACGCAUUCCAGAGUUCAACAACAAAUAACAAAUACAGAAACUCUUUUACCACUUUAUCAUGGUAAGGAUUUAUUGUAAAGGAAGAUAUUUAUGGCUUCAUCUGAAUAUCAGCUAGUGAAAAGUACAUUUCAUUGUGUAGGUUGGCCUCUACAUCCACAAGUAUUUUGUCCCCCUCCAUCAGUAUUCAGUGUAAAUAUAAUGUUAAACUUGGGAUCAUUUGAUGCUUGUGAGAGAAACGCCCACACUGAAUCUUGUUUGUAUGUUGAUAUAAGUUAGAGAUGCAGCUGUUAUGUACACCUUAUGUAAACAGAAAUGUUGGAAUGUUGUAAUAGGAUGAAAAAUUUAGUACUCGGGAGUUUAUGAUAAAUAGCUUAACGACUAGUGUAAGUUGAUUUUUGCAUGUUGGCAACAGUUAAGGGGUCACUGGCAUGUCGACAGUUCUGCACAUUUCAUGACUGAAUCACAUUUUGUUUUAUUUAUUCUUUUUUUGUUAGUUUUGUACAUUUAAAGAAAUCUAAAUUAUAUUUAUUUUUUGUUGCUAAAUAUGUAUAACAGCUUGGUCAGCAGAGAGUGAUUAGAAGUUAAAGUAAAUGUACACUGAGGUGCUUAUUUUGUUUUUGUUUUGUUUUUUUUUUGUUUUUUUGUAUUUUGUUCUGACACAAGUAAUUGAAAAAUACAGAGGUAAAUGGAAAGCACGAAA